UUCCUGUCAGGAGGGGCGAUUGUCAUUUAGUUUUUUUUUACCUCAGUCUGCUGCAGUUUCUAUUUAAUGAAACCUUAUUUUACUUUCUAAUUAGUGUCACUACACAUCUAACUAACUUCAUACUUCCUCACUCACAUUAACAGUAAUCUAAAAUCCGUACCCCAGUUGUCCGACAAAUAGGCAUCACACGCGGGGGGGUUUGUCAGUUUUUUUUUUUUUUUCCUUUCGGGAAGGAGAGCAUUUUGCCUCUAUCCUUCUACACCUUUCUUUUUGUUGUCAAAUACCUAAUUUUCCUUCAAGGGGGCUGUUUGUUCUAAGUAGGUUGCCCUUGUCUUUUGCCCCCAUCUUCGAAGAUGAAUAGUGUGUCGAAGAAGGAAACGUCCGCCAGUCCUGUCGAGGCGAACCUGGUUGACCCUCAAGCCGAGGUACGUAAACUGCAGGAACUGGUGAAGAGGCUUGAGCUACAGAACGAACUGCUUCGGAGUAAACAGAAGCUAAACAACGGUGAUGUGGAUACUAAGCUCAACCAGCACAAUGGCUCGACGGGCCAUAAUAACAGCCACCAACACAACCACCAACAACACAAUCACCACAACAACCAUCACAGCCAACAACAUCAGAACAACAGUUGCAGCAAUAAUAACAGUACCCAUCAAACUGUAGAGGACGAUGUGGACAUUAUAGAUGUAAAUAGUAUCUCGUCCAAAGAUGAUGAAUUCUCCUGGUUGUACAGUUCACCGAAACCCCCGACAGAACGACAAACCCAGGUCAGUCCAUACAUGUGGGUGAGGGAAGAAUUUGACCAUCCGAAAGCAGAAGUAAAACUAGCCAGAAAAUCAUUAGUGCUCAAAUUAGAAGAAGUAGCGAGAUUAUCUAAAACAUCACCUACUCUAUCAGGGUCUUAUACAAUUGGCAAUCAUGUACCGUCAACAAAAUCUCGACUAAGUACUUCUGAAUUUAGUAGUACUUCUACACCUCCACAUGUACCAAGUAUCAAACAACCAUUGUUAUCAACAUUAGCCAUACAUAGGUCAGCAUUUGUAAAUAAAGGGACUCGUGUUGACACAAACACUUUCACUAGACCUAAGAAAAAUAAGGAAUCACUUCGCUUACUACCUGUAGAAAGUACGUCCAACAAGGAGACAGAACCGCAAAGCCAAGUUGCCAACCGUAUCCCAGAUGUUUCAGAUAUUCAGAACAUGGCUAAAUUGCAGGAAGAAAGUUUACGACAAAGCAUUUCACCUCUGUCUUCUCCCAGGAAAGUUUACCGGCCACGCCAAAUUCCACAGCCAAGCUCUUCAGCAGGAAUUAGUGAUUCUGAACCAAGCACGACAGUUUCUCCUGUUGGUUCCAAUCGGUCUAGCCCUGGACGUGAUGAAAGUAUGUCAUCUUCCCGGCGAAACAGUCACAGCAUGGCAUCAAAUGGUGGCUCUGAGUCCAACAGUCCUCCUGACAGUCCAUUUAGUAGCCAAAACCAAAUAAACUGUAUUAACCACCAUCCACAAGAUGAAGGACGUAGAGGGAUGUCUAACAUGUAUAAGUUAGUAACACCACCACCCCCUAUAUACUCCAGUGACUCUAGUCUUGAUGCCUGCAGUGAUGAAAUGCUGUAUGUGGCAGGGGGCACACCAGAAUCAGCAACACGACAACCAUCACGCCUACAGCAACCAGGUCGACCAACCUCACCUUUAGUUAGUCACCUGAAACAACCAAACAAUGUUCGUAGAGGAUCUUCACCUAUCAGAAGUAAUCUUCCACAACCAGGAUCUAUGUCUGCUCGUAGAUCAAUACCAAGGCCAUCUUCUGCACCACGCUCUAGUUUACCAGCUCCCAGAAGAUCUGGAAUCCCAUUUAAACCUCAAGAAAAGCCACCAACUUCUGCAAUAACAUCUCCAGGGUAUGAUGACAGCUGGAAAGAGGGAUGUUUCUAAUGGAUUAUUUGGUUACAGUCACUGUGCAAAAUAAAAGCUCAUGUAACAUAUACAAUCACAUAUACACACACACAUAUUAAGCUUGGAGUAUUACACUCUGAGUAUUCCUCUCACUUUAUUCACAAAGAGUGUUUUCUCAUAAUGAAGUGACACUGCCACCACAGUUAUUCUCACCACCAGCACUUGAACCCUUUCUACUAUCCCUGUCUUACAGGACUUGUGUAAAGUGGUACAUUUAUAAUUAAACUGGUUAGAUGAUCUUGUGUAAGACUAACCCCUGCUACUGUCUGUAGAAUGGAUUGGAUGUUAGGAAAGGCUGUGAGAGGUACACCAGUAGCUUGUGGUUAACUCUAACACAUCUAAACAUCAAAACUGGAUCAUCCACUCAAUCAGUUUAUUUCAUUCAUGAUACUUUGUCCUUUUUCUUAGCUUUUCAGGCUGUCCUGCUCAUAGUUAAGAAUCAACACAUCUCCACUUACAUGUAUAGCUCAGAUGAGCUGCUGGUUUACAUGCAAAGAUUGCACAUGUGUGUGUGUAUAUUUAUAUAUAUAUGUGCAUGCACACACACACACACACACACACACACAGAGUAGUAUGAAAGACAGUUAAUUCGUCUACAACUUAUUGCCUGCAUUACAGAACACUGUUGUAUUGUGAAUGCCACUUUUUCUCUAGUAGUGACCCUCAGAUAUCUAUUUCUCCUGUAAGUACCUACUGAAUUAUAUACCUGACUUUCCAUUGUAUACAUAUUCUAUCUGUAACAGAUUAACUUCUCAAUAUUUGACAAUAGCAGACAUAUUCUAAUGCUAGUAAGUGUCCAUAUACCUAUAAAGUUUCUGUUACACAACUGGUUUGCUGUAAUUUACUAUGGUUGCUCUUAAAGCCUGCCAUCCCAAUCCACCCCAAACUCAGUGCGUGGCUUCACUGUUUGAACCCAACCAGCUACGGUGUUCCCACUUGAUUUAAAUAGAUUUUCUGGAUAUAUUUUUAACAUUUCAGUGUGGUCACUUGUGUGUGUCUGUGAUUUAAUGAUAAGUAUGGUCAAUUCUUCAUUUAACAAUGUUCACACUUUUAAGGUAGAAUGAUAGGACAAAGCCAGUGUGACUGGGUGGUUGGCACUCCACUGCUACACUAACUGGUUGGACACUCCAUUGCUACAUUAGUAACAAACAUGACACUAAUACUACUGACAGACAUGCCAUUAUCAUUACAGGUGUUAGACAAUUAAAAACUUGGUGGUGGAAAAUUUAAUGUCUGUUCAAUUAUAAACUUGCAUCUGGCACAUGUUGGUCACAUUGACAUUUAAAAUUGUGAAGUAGCAGUCACUAAGUGUCAGAAGUAUGUCUGUCUGUGGUAUGUAGGGUGUAAAAGUCAGUUGACUGACCUUGUUUAGGUCUAAUAUGUCUUCCUUAACUUCCACCUAUCAGUUUAUUUACAUCAAAUGCUCUUCAUGGAAUAACAAUCAACAUCUUCAUCUGACUUUCAAAUCUUUAUAUUUUACUGCAAUGGUGAAAGAAAAAAUUCAAAAGUUAUUUUUUUGCUUUUUCUUUUCAAUUCAAGAGAUUAUUUUAACUGAAACUAUUUUUCAAUUAUUUAAUUGUAUGUGGUUGAGCAACAAUAUAAUCUUGACAAGUGUCUCAUCUCUAAAACACACAUAGGAAGCAAGCAAAGUUUUAGAGUUUUUUUUCCUUCUUCUUUUUUGUCGGUUUUUACAAUUGUUUAUCCUUGUUAGUGAAAAUGUUUUGUUUAUUUUUAAAUAUUUUAACCUUGAAAGGCAAUGCUCCAGCAUGGCCUUAAUUGUGGCCAACAAACUAAAAGUAAACUGUUAUUAGAGCAAAUCUCUUUUCUACUGAAUGCCUUUUGUAUAUGUAAACACUCAAACUUCUUGCCAAACAGUCAGGCUGAAAAUAAAUGGUUUGCCUUAAUCUAGGAACACAAUGCUGUGGCUGUUGUGAGGUUUGAUUUUUUAUUUUUGGCAUUCUGGUCAGGAGUUCAAAUCAUAACUAGAACUUAGGAAGAGAAUAAUGCUAGAAAUAGAUUGUGGUCAGCACCAAAAUCACCCCCUAUUUAUUAAAUGUUUUCUCUUUGCAGAAACAGUAACAUUUGUAACUUAUUUCUCCUAUCCCCUUUUCUUUUUCUAGUCAUAAUCUCAUUGUAUUGCUUUUAAAAAUUGGAACCCAAUUUUUAUAGAUGGGUGGUGGGGGGAGAAAAACUAAUUUAAUUUAACGUUACUGCUGUAUUUUGUCAUUUUGGUGAAGGAAAGGAAAUAUUUAAGCUCCUGGCUUUAAUGGAAUAUUUGUAUGAAAUGUUAACUGACUGAAAGUGAGGGCUCCUAUGUGUCAACUUUGAUAACAAUGAAGACAACUAAGUGGUAGGGCUGGAGGGCCACCACAACAAUAGUGGGAAACAAACCAUGAAGCCUGUAUUAUGACCUGCCCUCUUGUACUGUUGAGCAGUUAGUCAAGAGCAGAUAACUUAAACAUUUUGAGGGAACUUAUGAGCAAUUUUUGUACUUAACAUAACAAAAGAAGUAAUAUGUAUAAUAUAAAAAAAAAAAAAUGGUUCAUCAUCAGAUAGGAAAUAUUUCUUUUCUACUAUUUUCUUCAAUAUGUCUUAGAUUUUGUGAGAUUCCAAUGUGGCUGUUGUCUCGGAAAGAAAAAAUAAAAACCAAGAAAGCUUGUCUUCAGCAGACACUGGUGAUUGCCACCAGGGUUGGAAAACAAUGCUUGGAUGUGAUUUUUUUUAGCCUUAAUCAAUCAAAUCCAAUCAAUCAAUCAAUGUAUUUUGACAAUUAGUGUGUGUGUGUAUGUGUGUGUGGUGGGGAGAGUAAUAAUAGAUACAACAAAAACUGUGUGGUGUCAUUAACUACUCUACCUACCAUACCAUUAACCUCAAUUCUUUCAAGAGGUAAAAAAAACCUACAAAACGAAAACAAA